AUGCGCAUCCCACAGCCCAUAUUCCAAGCUGCCAAGAUGGACCCCCAACAGCCAAGCAAAAGUCAAAAUCAAAGUCGCCUGCCACACGACCAGAACACCACCACGUCGUCGUCGACUUUUGGAUCAGGAGGAGCAGGAGGGGUGGGUCUUGGUAGUACAGCCGCCACAUCAACAGGAGGAGCUCACUCGACAACAACAGCCGCGACUGCCUCCUCUAGUGCAACCACCCCUUACACAACCACGUCGUCGUCGUCGACUUUGUUAGGGUCAAUAGUCGCAUCGGCCAGGAAUGCCGCCGCGACGCUGGAUCCACGGCAGGCAGAUGCGUUGAGACAACAUCACAGUUUCGGAGGCGGCUCGUCCUCAUCAUCGUCACAAGGAGGGAUUGGCAGCUCGAGUUCAAAAGCGACGACUUCUUCGGCUUCGAGGGCCUUUCAACAUACCACCAACGCCCUUGAGACCCUUGGAAGCAGUAGUAGCACUAGUGGUGCGGGAUCAGGGACGGGAUACUCUUCUGGGUUCCGACAACCCGCUUCGUCUACAGUAGAAAGUGCGGGAGGAAUGAUGGAUUGGGACAGUUUCUUGGGAUCUUCCGAGUCGACAGUGCAGGAGGAUAGUACGCCAUACAAGCCUCCGUCAAUGGCUUCCUUCGGGUUCUCGACCUUAUCUGAUCCUGAACCAGUGUCAGCUCCAUCAGCGCCACAACGGCACGACCAUUUCUCACAACAGCCUUACCAGCAGGAACAAGGACGACGGCAAUUCGCGGAGGCACCUGCCUCACAUUCACAAGCCCCUAAUACUUACCAGGCUCACCUGUCCCAGCCAAUGAAUCUCACCCCCGCAAAUCAUGCUGCCUUUCUGGAAUACCUAAAGUCGACCGCCUACCCUACCCAAUCCUCAUCCGCGUCCGCAUCGACCACCACCGCUACCGCGUCAUCAUCGGCACCACUUUCUGCGUCACUUACAGCCAAUGCAACACCCGUCUCGGCAACGACGACAAGUCAAUCGCCCCCACCACAAUUUCAACACCAGCCCUACCAACCAUACCAACCGUACCAACCGCCACGAACAUCGAUGGCACGACCCAUUUUCUCGAACGACAUUCAAAACCAGCAACACCACGACGGCGGAGACGUACUCGCGUUCCUGAACUCCACAUCCUAUUCCGAAUACGUCGACGAGAUUGACUCUGCAGGGGCGGCUAUCGAGAAACAUCAACACGACCGGAGGGAGUUUGUCUAUACCUACAAGGACAACCUCGGCACCGGCCCUACAGGACGCUCGAUUUUCUCAACAUUACAAUUGAUCCAGCACUUGCCGAGUGAGCGACAGGACAUUGUUUCGUACCUGUUACAGCAGGGGACGUAUACGGAUGACGUGUGGAGUCGCCCAUUUGUGCAGGAUGUUCAGAGUGAGGAGGGUGCGUCGUUGGAGGCUACACAAGCCGAGCAGGAUAGGUUUCUGAAGGAGCAGUUUGAGGGAAGAGGUGGUGAUGCGACAGAGGAGGAGAUGGAGAGGGUGUUGAAGGAGAUUGUUGAGAGUGCCAAGGAAGAGGUGAAGACUGGACAGACGGAUGGGAGGGCUGUGAAUCGGCUGUUGAUGGUCAGGAGUCAUAUCACCAUGGGCACCAAACUGUAA